AUGAGCGUAUUACUCAGUUCAAGCACUGGUUGUUCAUGUGAACCUACCCUCUAUAUUGAUUCAUUUCCACAACGAGUAAGUCAAAAAGUUGUACAAGUCAAAUCCAAUCAUUCUAAUGAACACAAACACCAAGUUAAAUCAAGUCAAGCCAAGAGCUUGGAAAAUAAAUUUUCAAUACAAAUUCCUUUACAUAAUGGUGUUUUAAAACUCAAGUCAAGCCAAGUGAAAAACUCAGCAAAUAAUGUUAAUGUCAAAUCAAGCCAUGCCUCAGGUGCAUCCGAUGCAGUUCAAGUUAAUAAUGAGUGGGCAUUAAUCUAA